AGGAUGUAAUCAGCAGAGUACCAUGGGGCUUGUUUACAUCUAAAAUCAAGCCCGCCAAUAGGAUGAGUGAGCAUGGAGACAGCAUUGUCCCAUUUAACCCCACAGAUCUCAGGUCAGGAGAACCAGCCACCAAAACGGACAUCACUGUCCUGAGUGUAGACCUGAGGACAGAGAAGAGCCACAAUGAGGAGCUCAGAGACAUUAAGAAGCCAUACGAUGGUCCUAAAGUACUUCAGGAUGAGCAUAGUCUCUAUCAGCCUCGACCUCCCUCUCUUCCGAAGCCCAUGGGAUUGGGAAUGGGGGGAAAAAACCUCUCGUUUGAGGAAAAGGUGAGGGGAAGGAGAUUGAGGAACAGCCAGGAGAGCCUCACGGAUCCGGGAGAGACGGGUUCUUCUACUGAUUCCCUCAAAGAUGUUGCCUCAGCAAACGGUCAAAGCCUUGCAUCUCGACGUCCUCUCGAUCUCCAGCACAUGGAGAUGCCACCGUUCAGGAUUAGGACCGGGAGCUUGUCCGAGACGGAUGUGUCUCCUCGUGACCUUUGUGAUCCGAAUAAAGAGCGCAUGAAACCAUCCAGAAUCGUUCUGUCUCCUCUGCAGCCCACAGGCACGUAUCCUCUUCUGGAGAACAGCACCGCCUCUGCGUCUUUAAGAACAACUAAUAGGAUUGACAGGGAUUGUUUGGAUUACGGUGUGGUGGGGAGAAGAGGGCGGUCGGAGAGGCUUCACAGGAAUCUGAGCGAUAGCCGGCUGUUGGACACCAUGGUGUCAGACAAUACAUCUGUCCAUUCCAUGAAGUCCACAUAUAGCGUUCUGAACCCCAUCAGACCUCGGGAUGUGAGGAACAGGUGAAGCUUU